AUGCAACAUCUCGUAAAGUUCGUCUUCCUGCUAGGAAUUAUUUGUCUCCUCAUCACAUCAGCAGUCGCUCCUCCGGCCGGCGGCGGAGGCGGAAGCAGCGCUGGUGGUGCAAGAGGAGGUGGUGGUUCUAGCAGCGGCGGUGGUAGCACCGGAGGUGGAUCAAGGGGAGGUAGCACUACUGGAGGGAGCGGCGUCGUCGGCGGAGGAGGAAAAGGAGGGGGUAGCGGCGGCGCCGGCGGAGGAGGAAAAGGAGGAGGGAGCGGCGGCGCCGGCGGAGGAGGAAAAGGAGGAGGCGGUAAUAAUAGAGGUGGUGUCGGAGGAGGUGAUGACGGCGAUGGUGGCGGCGGAGGCGGCGGCGGCGGCGGCGGAAGCAGUAUCCGUCCGCAGCCUCUGCCAACGCCGACCGGGCGGUCCAUUAGCAGCGGCCCAUCUACAUCUAUUGGGCGGCCCAAUUUGAUAGCGGCGUGCUGGGCUUACGCUAGCUUGUAUCUAUUCCGCGAUUAUUAA